AACCUGCCAAAAUCUAUAUUUUUGUCGGUUUCACUUUUGUCAUGGCACAUAAGAAUACUUGAAUAUUUAUCUCACCUUUUAGCUUCCACCAAGGUCUUCUUGAUGCUGGCAUUAGCAGCCUCGGGAGUCUGUGGAGUCAUAAGGUGUCCCAAAAGUCAGACGCAGCUGUAUCCUUGCAAGUGCGCCCAUAGCGAGCACUCCGGUCUGCACGUGCUUUGCGAAAACGUCAACCUGGCCAUGAUGUCAAGGGGUCUGGGAAAAGUGGACCAGCCGAUCGCCAAUCUUACCAUAUCCAAAGCGUCGUUCAAGAAUUUGUUCGGGGACGUCUUCAAGGGUCUCCAGGUCAUAAACCUCACAGUCACUCACGGUUCGCUCAGCAGUGUUGCACUGGACGUCAUGGAUCACUUCAAUGAAUCACUAACGUCGCUCAGCUUUGAAAACAACACCUUUGAGGAGAUCCCAGUGCAGCUUAUCAACAAGUUCAGAAACUUGACGUCGUUGAACCUGGCCCAUAACCGGAUUGAAGUGAUACCGGCAAACGCUUUUGGGGCGUUGAACAUACUGCUACAGUUACGUCUUGACCAUAACCGUGUGUUCAAAAUUCACCCCGCAGCAUUCACUGGGCUUAACCGCUUAGACAGGCUAGAGCUGCAUCAUAAUCGCUUAGAGAAAUUCGAGAGGAACACAUUCAGGGUAGUCCGAAAGGUAAAAUACCUUGACUUGUCAUAUAACAACUUCACGACUCUUCAGAGGACGGAUUUUAAUCAGCUUACAAAUAUGUGGUUUCUCAACAUUUCAAAUAACAAGAUCAAGACCUUCCCGCGAUCCAUGUUCGUAGCUAACGCAAUCCUUAGGGUUAUCAACAUGUCCUACAACGAACUUCCUGAAGUCGAUGCGAACACUGUUAAGGGCGUCAGGUUUCUCCGAGAUGUCUACUUCAGAGGAAACAACAUCAAAUCUGUCCACAAGCAAGCCUUUAUUUCUGCCAAGCAUCUUCGUACACUGGACCUUGCCUACAACCUGCUCGAGGAUAUCGGAUACGAGCAAUUUAAAGAUUUUCAGUGGUUAGAGAGGCUAGACUUGAGCUACAACAAGAUUUCGAAAAUUGCGAGCUCGGGAUUUCUUAAAAUGUAUCAGGUUACCAUUGACUUGAGUCACAACAACAUAAGUUACAUCGGUGAUAUGGCUUUUUCUGAGCUUUCCAACGUAACGCUCUUCGACAUGUCGUAUAACAACAUCAGUGGAAUGCCUAAAAAUGCCUUCUAUUUAUCUGAUGUCACAACUCUUCUCCUGAACCAUAACAAUAUCACCGAUUUAACUCAAAUUCCAAUAGCUAAUAUUACAGGAAUCAAGGUUUUCAACGUUACCUACAAUCACAUCAAUGAAAUCAAUCGCAAAGCGUUCACAAAAAAGAGGCUCUACGAACUGCAUACACUUGAUUUGAGUCACAACAAUAUCAGUGAAAUAUCUGGAUCCAUCUUCGAAAAACUUGCUGGCGUACGAAGCAUCAAUCUGAGUCACAAUGCGCUUCGAAAAAUUGGGUAUAGCACUUUCGGUUCAAUACCAACUCUCUUAGAGCUGGAUCUGAGUCAUAACAACAUCUCAGAGGUGAGUCACAGCGGUCUCUCCGCCCUCGUCAGCGUACGAUUUAUACAGGUCAAUAACAACCGUAUAAAACGCAUGUUCAACCUUCCAAUAGCCCUUAAUGAAUUGCACCUCGAACAUAACAAUCUCGAACACUUUGGACCAGGAACCUUUAGAUCAAUGAAUUCAAUGCUGCGAUUAUACUUGGACUAUAACAACCUAACACACCUGGAAGGAGGAUCGUUUCAAAAUUUGUUAACACUCCAGACUUUGUCUCUAGGCCACAACAACAUAGAAAAUAUACCCUGGGAAGCGCUGCAAGACAUGUCAUCCCUUCAGUACCUCUACUUGCACAACAACAAGAUCACAAAACUCCCCAAAAAGGCUUUUGGGCGCCUGCCUGUUGUGUUCGAUUUGCGACUGCAACACAACCAAAUCAACAACAUCAGUGAAUACGCUUUCGAAGGCAUGCUUCAACUGCUGCGACUCAAUCUGAGUUUCAACAACAUAUCCAUCAUACCGCCAGAAGCGUUCAAAGGUUUGGUGUCACUUCAUUCUCUGGAUCUGUCCCACAACAAGCUCAAUAAGUUGGAAAAUAAAACGCAUGGUUUGCUGGAUGAUCUGCUCUCGCUGGAAACAGUGAAUGUGUCACACAACGAGGUCGCCUUCGUCACCGACAAAACCUUUCCCAAGUCCCCGUAUAUUCCUUACAAACUGAAGCGAGUCAACCUCAGCCACAACUUUCUUUCCGUGCUCACUAACAGCUUUGAUGACGGUCUUGGAAAAGUCGAACUCCUAGACCUCAAGCAUAACCUAAUCAACGAGAUAUAUCCCAACGUCCUCAAGAACUUGAGUAGCCUUCAGUUCUUGGAUAUGUCACACAAUGACCUACGUCACGUUGCCAAUGGUGCACUCGUCCUGCCAGAGAAUGUUAAAUGGGUUGACUUCAGCCGGAACAAAAUUUUCUCGGCGGACAUGAGAGACCUUCUUGCGUCACAGGAUUUGGAGCACCUAGACCUUCGCUUCAACAACGUGUCACGGUUCGAAGAGGAGUUUGUGUCAAGGAUCAAGAAAGGUCUGCGGUUGUUUUACGAAGGUAACCCGCUCAACUGCGACUGCCACGUCAAGUACCUGCGCCAGUGGCUCAGCCACAGCCCCCAAGCCAUCGAGUGGAACGCCGUGCGAUGCACCGGUCCCCAGCAACUCCAGAACCGACUCUUCAUGGACGUGACACCCGACGCUCUGCACUGCCGCUCCGAAGAAGAGGCCAAGUUGGACGACGAGGACGACGGCGCCCCGGUCGACCUCAAGUUUAGGCUCGUCGACUCGCCGUCGUCCAACAAGAUCCGCUUCGCCUGGUACGUGUCCACCCAGGAGGACGUGUCAGGCUUCCGGGCCGUCGUCAGCGACGUACCCACCAGCAGCCUGGCUGCCGAGAAGGACAUUCCGUACCGCUCAAGGGAGUACAGCAUUGACGGGCUCGAUGCGGCCGUCGAGUACAGGCUCUGUCUGAUUGCGCUAGACUCGACUGGAGGCACCAGGACAUUCACGUCGAGUCAGUGCAGGACGGUCACUCCGGUCGGCAGCGGUGGACAUGUGGCAUUCGCGGUGCCCCUCGUCGCUCUAUCUGCGGGGCUCGUGCUAUGGAAUUCGUUUUGUUUUUAA